CUAAGAACCGAGCAACGCCUGGUGUUGUGAUUUAGUUUAAAACGUUUUGGGAAUUGAACAAACAGCAGGAUUGCAAAGAAAAGGAGCCAAGAAUAACCCUCUCUGGCCACAAAGAUUCAAGUGUAAAGACAGAGCAUGCAUGUUUACUAAAUCUCAGUAACCUAGAGCUGAGCUCUUCAAAGACCUCCUGAGCACUUUGAGGUAAAUAUCUAUCUGGUCUGGAAAAGGUCUGCAUACAUACAUACAUGCAUGCAUUUAAUCAUAUUGUUGUUUGUGUUUUAUUUGCCCAAAGUUUUCCUCUCUUCAAUAAUAGCAGCUUCUUUUUCAGAAUGUAUUAAAUAUGACCCAUGAAACAACUAAUCACACACUUAAAUACAACUGGUUUCUUCUUCUGGAACAGAACAGAACAGGAGACCAAGGUUUUUUUUAAAUCUCUUUUUAAAAAAAAAUGACAUCUGUGCAUUAUAAUCCCGGGUCGGAUUCCAAAGAUGUUAAUGGGAACGGCGCGAUGGAAGAGGCAGAGGUUCAAAUCGAUGAUGGCAAAGAGGAAAGCGUGGAACCGGACACCAUGUACUACCGUGUUAGGAAAAGGAUAGCUCCUUUUGUGAUGUCUUUUGGUUUUCGUGUCUUUGGUCUGGUGCUCAUCUUUGUGGACAUUAUUCUGGUCAUUGUUGAUCUGUCGCUGUCAUCCGAGAGCCGUAAGGGUGCAGGGACUAUUUUGGAGGCCAUCUCACUUGUCAUCUCUUUCUUCUUCCUCAUCGAUGUGCUUCUGCGGAUUUAUGUAGAAGGGUUUAAGGUGUACUUCAGUUCCAAACUCAACAUCAUGGAUGCCUGCAUUGUUGUCAUCACAUUGGUUGUCACUAUGAUCUACACAUUCUCUGAUUUCUCAGGAACAAGCCUCAUUCCCAGGGUAGUGACAUUCCUGAGGUCCUUGAGAAUAUUUAUCUUGGUGCGCAUCUUCCGACUGGCCUCCCAGAAGAAAGAGAUGGAGAAGGUCACUAGAAGAAUGGUAUCCGAGAACAAAAGACGGUACCAAAAGGAUGGAUUUGAUUUGGACCUCACAUAUGUCACAGACAGAGUCAUUGCGAUGUCCUUCCCCUCAUCUGGGAAACAGGCCCUGUACAGGAAUCCCAUCAGAGAAGUUGUCCGGUUCCUGGACACUAAACAUCUGGAUCACUACAAAGUUUACAACCUCUGCAGUGAGAAAGGUUAUGAUCCAAAACUUUUCCAUUAUCGGGUGGAACGUGUGAUGAUUGAUGACCAUAAUGUGCCAUCAUUAGAGGACAUGCUGAGAUACACUGCCAAUGUUAGGGAGUGGAUGGCUGCAGACUCGUGCAAUGUCAUUGCUAUCCAUUGCAAAGGGGGAAAAGGGCGUACAGGGACGAUGGUGUGCACGUGGCUAAUUGACAGUGAUCAGUUUGAAAGUGCACAGGACAGCCUGGACUACUUUGGUGAAAGGCGCACGGAUAAAAGCAUGAGUUCAAAAUUCCAGGGUGUUGAAACUCCAUCUCAGAGCCGGUAUGUUGGAUACUAUGAGAUCAUGAAGAACAAAUAUAACCGGCAGCUGCCCCCACCAAAAAGCUUGAAAAUCAAGAGUCUGCGCAUUCAUUCAAUCGCAGGUGUUGGAAAGGGCAAUGGCAGCGAUCUGAAGGUACGCAUCAUAGUGAAGAAUGAGCAGGUGUUCCAGUGCAUCUGUGCCAAACAGGAGAACUGUGCGCUGUUCCCUGAUGCUGGAAACAACGCAGUGGUGAUCAGUCUACAGGACGGCCCAGUGGUUUGUGGCGAUGUGAAAGUCAUGUUUGAAUCCAGUGCUGGCCUUCCAAAGGGAUACGAAGACUGUCCGUUCUAUUUCUGGUUCAACACUUCAUUUAUAGAGAACAACAGGCUGUACCUGCCGAGGGAGGAACUGGACAACCCACACAAGUCCAAGGUCUGGGACAUCUAUAAAGAGGACUUUGGUGUGACAGUGUCAUUCAGUGACCUCUGAAGAGAGUGUUAAUGAUGUGAUGUGAAACACACAUCAUUGUGCCAUAGUUUAAUGCUAACCUCAUCCCUGUACCCUACUCUAACUAGAAGAAUUGUCACUGAGCCAUACAGAGGAUUUUGCCCAGAAUGAUGUGUUUUACACCUUGUUCAAAAAGGGAAUAUGUAUGUAAAAGGGGAAAUGUUUAGAAAAUGGUACAAUAUUGGGCAGCACAGAUUUGAAGCUUCUAAAAUGUUGUAAUGUUCUUACUGCAUGUGUACUUGAGUGGCAGGAUCAAAAGCUUGAAUCAGAUUUGCCUCUCAAGUUUUAUAUGCUUCAGAAUGUAUUUUGAGCCAAAACCUAAGCUUCACUCAGUAUUGUGAAGUUUCACUGAAGUAGUAAAGCUUUGCAUUAGGUGUGUAGGCUACUGCUCACAUGGUGCAGUUCAGCUGACUGUAAACACUCCUCCCUAUCCACUAUGGAACUCGUGCUGAAAUGAAUUUAUUUUUUUUGGUUUGAUAUCCCUGGCAGAGAUGGAGAUUGGGGAAAGGAAUGUUGAUGCAACAAAGAAAUUAAAGUAACUGAUGAAGUAAAUCCUG